AACUGCUGAGGCUUGAUCUUUUCAGAACUCGUGUGAAGGCUGACACGGUCGCAUUGGCAAGGCGAGCAUGGCCCCCCUGCACCUAGCCGGGUUCAAUAUCCGGCAAGCGGAUGCAUCCCGCCGCGGACAAUCCCAGCGUACCUGUAUUGCUCGGGAAGAAAGUGGUCCCUCCGGAUCGGCAGUGGAAUUCCAGCGAGCCAAGCAAGGCGUGCGUCACUCGACCCGUUGCCCCGCCGCCAUUCCACCUCGCCUUCAACUCCCGAACCCCUCCUUCCCCAAACCCCACCAUGGCCGGCGGGACUUCACCCGGCCGCUCCUUACUGGAAGCUCCUCACCAAACCACUUCGUCAAGUCGGAGCGUGGCGACGGAUAGAUCGAGGGCGGACCAGGGCUUAUCCUUGUACCGUACCUACACGAAUAUCGUAGUCAUAACGUUACUUGUUGGAAUCAAGCAGUGUUUAACGUGAAGCCAGGGCCAGUUGAGUGGAAGACAUCGGCCGGCCGUGGUUUUCCAGCUUCCUUUCCUCCAUUUUUAUAACUAACUGCUCCAUGUACCCACAUCCCAAUCAAUCCGGCGUCCUGGAAUCCUUAGUCCGAGUUUGCCCCGUCGUCUUCCAGCGAU